AGAGAGAGAGAGCGAGAGAAAAGAGUGUUAAAAGAGAGGGAGAUUAGCUUCAGGAAAGAGAUUGAAUGAGCAAGUAAUCAGGGUUUUUCUUGAAAGCAGCUCGACGUCGUCGCCUGGCGGCGGCAGCGGCGGUGGUAACAGCAACUUCAACCCAGACUUUAAUGCAGCCACAGACUGCACUUGCUGAUUGGUUGCAAAUGAUGGUGCAAAUCUUUCUAAAGGUUUUAGACUAGCACCGAACAUUUUUGCUUCUCUCUAGAGGCUUAUCAUUGUGCCAGUAAUACAACUUAGAGAACAUGGUUUGCUUAUAUGCAAAUCAAUCAAAAGUCUGACAUAUUCGGAGCGGAGAAAGCUCCAGGUAGACAGCCAAUAUGAAGACUGAGAAAAAAUCCAACGAACCUAGCUGCGUAACCCCGGUUGUAGUGAAAGAGGAGCCAGAAAGCGAUCGUGUAAAGAUCAAGGAAGAAACUGGCACAGGUAACAAUGAAGAUGCACCCGGUGAAGAUAAUGCUGAAUGUUUAAAAGAAGCUGUAUUAGAUGCUGCAGUUAUAGAGGGAACAAUAAGUGGUGAUAGUCAAAAUGGAAAUAACAGUCAAACAAUAUUGACCACUGUUAAACAAGAAAGUGAUCCUAUUAGUACUGUGGAAGAAUUGUCUUCUGAUUGUAGCACAAAUAUUGGGAUAUCUGGUGAUGGAAUUCAACCAUUGGUCAGCAAUGUACUCGCAAAACAAAUGGGAAGUGGUACAAAUACAGGUGAAGCUCAAUAUAUGCAACAGCAAAGUCAAAUAUUUGUUUUUUCAACACAUAUGGCUAAUAAAGGAGCAGAAAUGGUUAUGCAAGGUCAAUUCCCAACUAUUAUUGCUUAUCAUAUGGCACAACCAAAUACAAAAAAGUAUUUGGAGAAGCAUCCAAAUAAAAUAACUCACUUUCGACAGAAUCCUCAUCAAUGGCUGAAUAAUCUUGCUGCAAUGAAGCAAAAAGGUCAUCAGCAUAGUCCAAAUAUGAGUUUUCCAGGAGAACAGCCACCGGAUCUUCCUCCUCUAGAUCCAAAUGAAUCUGCAUUUUGGAAUGAGCAGUCAAGUAUGCGUAGUUUAAAUGGCAAUAAUACUCUGGGAAACUCAGAAUCGUCAAUAGAUGAUACAAAUGUUAAUGUGCCUUGCCUUGUGCCCAACUCUCCUAGUAAUUCAGCUAAUCCUCAGCCUGUUGGUGGUGCAGCGAUAGGUCACAGUCCAAAUUUAAUGGGAGGCACGACCAGUCCAGGUCCUGGAGGAUUGCAGCCUUCAUUACAGGGCGUCAAAGUACCGGAUGAAAAUCUUACUCCACAACAACGACAACAUCGAGAAGAACAGUUAGCUGCACUUACAAAAAUGCGACAGAUGCUUUUUCCUGAACAAAAAGAUGUCGCCAGUGGAUCAAUAGAUCCAACACAAGGAAAUGCACCAGGAUCACUUUGUUCAACGGGUAGUCUUCCACCAGUAACUGUUUCAAAUCAGUGUGGAUCUGUAACAAUGGAUUGGCAUAAAUUACAACAUCCUUUCUUAGAUGGAAAGAAUAAGGUUGGGGUAAGCAGUCCAGGUGUUUCAGUACGAGGGACUGGCGGUCCAGGAACUGUAGGUGGCAGCAACACUGGUAGUGGAUCUGCCAGCUCCGUGGGUGGCGGCGGAAAUAGCGGAGGAAGUAGUAACGGUCCGCGCAGCCAGGGUCCUCCACCUCCUUAUCAUCAAACAACGAGAUCGGCAAGCGUACCGAUAGCUAUUCAGAGUCCGAAUCCAUCGUCGCCGAAUAACCCUACGAGCAACCUUUCCCUAGCCAACUUUUCCCUACCGUCACCCCGUGCGAGCUCGGGGCUCAACUCGCCCGCCGACUGCAAUAGGCAGUUUCAGCUUGGUGGGGGUAGCGGGACUGGUACCGGGCAGAGGCCCACAGGAGGAUCCGGAUCAAACAGUGGAGCUGGACAUCUGCCGGGUCACAGUCCGACAAGCCAGGAUUCACCGAACCCAACAACUGUUGGUGCUACAGCCACCGCUACGAGGCUGAACCACAGCAAUCCAGGUACACCAGUCUCGCACGGACAUUUAGCCGCCCUCAGCCCUAGUGGCACACCGCAAAAGGAUUCCACUGGCCUCGAAUUUCCUACCAAUCAGCCGCCGAAUGUAGAUGGUAUGUUUUGUCGAUCGUUGCAAUCGUUAACGCAACAAAAACAGUCGCUCGUUCCUAGCGGAGUUAAUCAAGUAGGAGUCAAGGAAUUGAUGCCAGUACCGAGUCCUCAACAAAUAUCGUACCUUAAUACAUUUGAGGGACAAGAGCUGACAAUACAAAAACAGCCAAAUACAAGCCUAAAAGAUGGCAGCUUACCUACAAAUACUCAAGGGAAUAACCCGGAGAUGGGAAGUCGUAUGCUGCCGGGCAAUCUAGAAGGUGGCGGCGGGAGUACUGGGAACAAUCAAUACGGUCCUCGAUCUGAGGGUGCUAGUCCGUCAAUAGAAAGCGCAAGCAGGGGAUUCGGUGGCUCUCUACACAGUCCACACACGCCUCACACACCUCAUACUCCGGGUAGUGUGGCACCCCAUACUCCCGUCGACGCUGGAAAGCCCGGUAAUAAAACGACCAGUGCCCAAAGUAGUCCAGCCUCACACAAUACCAGCCUUACGGAUAUGGGCAUGGGCCCACCUCGCACGAUACCCGCCUCGCCUAAUACUAAAUCCGAAACUUCGCCCUCAUCCAAGGAUCUUCAACAGCAUCAGCAACAACAACAACAACAACAACAACAACAACAACAACAACAACAACAGCAGCAGCAGCAGCCAAACAUACCUGGAGUAGUACCUGGAGGGCAGGGUAAUGUGCCUGGUAGCAUGAUGUCGUCAAUGGUCGGUCCAGCGAGCAACACAUCUUUUGUCUGCGGUAGACCCACGACGAACGUCAGUCAGCCGAACGAUAACAUCCCUCUUAAUCCCAAUAAUAUUAGCAACAGACUCGCCAGCCUUGGAUCAAUGAAUGCCAAUAGCUUCGAUCCUAUUACCUCUCUUGCGCAAAUGAGUCAACAGCUGACUAACACUGCGACAAGCAACGCUCUAGGCAAUGACAACUCGCCCAUGCAUCCAGGCAGCGCUCAGGGUAUGAUACCUUUCAACCAUCCCCAUAAUAUGCAUAUGAUGCAGAUACAACAGCAACAACAGCAGCAACAACAACAGCAACAGCAACAGCAGGUUAACGAGAUGAAUGGUGGAUGUCACAUGAGCAAUGAGUCCAGCGACGUCUCAGGCUUAUGUAUGGGACUCGGUGGAGCCGCUAGCAGUUACAGUCCAACACCACACACGGGCAGUCCAGGUAUUCCAAACAAGAUGAGCCAACAUCAUCAUCCAAUGAUGUCACAUGUGAUGAUGGGCACGGGUGGAGGUGGAUCCCAGGGCCCUAAUAAUCCGAAUGUGAGUGUCUCCCAACCGGGUGGUUAUCCUUCCGGCCCUGGGCCAGGGCCUGGUAUAAUGGGUCCCGAUGGUCCUCAGUCCCGUCUCGGCAUACCCGGUCAGCACCCACAUUCGCAUCAACAUCAACCACCGCCCCACCAUCAACACGUCCACGGCCCCAGCCCUUAUAAUGGAGCUAAUGUUCAAGUGAAGCCGAGUGCACCCAAUACCAUACAGUACUUGCCGGCUAGGCCAAACGUCGGGCAUGCACCACGUGGACCGCCUAGUCUUGACUUUCUCCAACGCUUUGCCAACCCUUUGCCGGGACUUGAUGCGAAAAUGAACUCGCCGUCCGUCAAUCUACAAUACUUUCCCAACGGUUGUGUGCCCAACAGCCUCGGGCCUGGACCUCAUGGCGGUAUUGGUGGCCCAGGUUCCGGCCCUGGAGGCAUACCCCCGAACAUGACUGGAAACACUCGUCUUGACAGUCAGUCGAGUAUGGGCAGUCAGCCUCAAAGUCACAUGCACCCAGCCAUGAGGCCUAUCCCAAGUGGUGGGCCUCAAGGCCCAGGGGUUCGCCAGCAAUCCAACAUCAUGCGUAUGCAACAUAUGGUGGGGGGCGGUGUUUUUCCCAGCAGUCCUAUGGAUCCGGAUAAAGUCUUUCCACCGGAUAUGCUGCCAGGGCCACAAAUGCCAGGUCAAAAUGCGAGUCCAGGAAUGUAUGGUGGUCCAGGUCCCGGCCAAAAGCAGCCCAACGCGAUGAGUCAGCUAGGCCCACCACCAGAUGCCACGCAACCCCUACCUCCAAGUAUGGGUGAGGCCGGAGGUAAUUUCAAGAACAGUCCAUUUAUCGGCGCUGGUCCAAGCAUGUCCGACCCGAAUUACGCCCAGCAGUUCCACCAUUUCCAACAGCAACUGUACGCGACUGGUACGAGAGGUAGUGGGCCCCAGGGACACCCGGCUAUGCAUACUCAGCCCAAUUCGCACGCGCAUCAGCAGUUUUUUAUGCCUAAGUAGGUCAUUGAUACCGAAACGGACUAUGUGCACGUCUCAACCCCAGUGUAGUAACCGAGUAGUCGAGGGUCUUUCUUAAAUGCGUAAUUUUAUUUAGCAGAGCCUCGCUCGUUGCUCGCCUCACAACUCUGCAGUUAUGGCGACGUAACUAUUUGUACUUUUAUGUGUUUCAGUUUGCUAAGCUGAAAUUAUAUA